AUGACUGAAGGAAUAGAAAUAUCAGUAGAAGCGUUGGUUAAAAAUCGCGGAUAUUUAAAGGCUAAAGUAACACGAAUUGUUAAUUGGUUUUUAGAAAAUAAUGAUAGUAUACAUGACUUUUUAGGAAUUCAGGUACGUGAAAGUAUGUUAACCCACGCUUUUAAAGAUUUUGAAGAGGUAGAAAAACAAAUUGUAGUUUUAGAUAUAAGUAAAGUAGACAAGGAUGAUGUAGAAGACAAAUACUUAACGUGUGUUGCUAAAAUGCAACGUAAAAUUUUAGAACUUUCCCCGCAAGCGCCAACUCAAGUAAGACAUAUAGUUCCCCAACACUCUCAUUCCCCAAAUGUUAGUUUGCCCCAAAUUAGCAUACCUCCAUUUAACGGAGACAUCACUAAAUGGAAUGCCUUUUUUCAACUUUUCUCUACCCUUAUUCUAGAUAAUCAAUCUCUCUCUGAUAUUCAAAGAUUAAUUUAUUUAAAAUCUUAUUUAAGAGAUGAACCCCUAAAUUUGGUCGAUAAUUUACAAUUGACCACUGACAACCUCCAAAUUGCCCUAAAUACCCUUAGACAAAGAUAUGAUAAUCAAUUAUCAAUUAUUUUUGCCCAUAUUAAAAAUUUAGUUGACAUUCCUAUCCUAAAUAAUGUAUCCUCACACACACUUAGGGAAUUUAUAGUUUGCAUAAAACAGAACUUUGAUUCACUGAAAAAUCAAAACAUUCCAGUAGACCACUGGGAUUUAAUUUUAAUUUAUAUUUUUUCUCAAAAAUUAGACUUUGGCACAAGAAAGGCAUAUAUAUCCGAGAGAGGUUCUCAAAUGCGCUCUUCCUCACAUGUGGUCCCUAAGCUUGAAGAAUUUCUAAGCUUUUUAGAAAAGCGUUGUUCGGUGUUAGAAGAUCUCUCUGAAAGCCCUUCAACUAAAAAUUAUUCCCAUGGACGUUCUUCUCAACACAACACUCCCUUUGUUAAAAAAAUUUCACACUAUGCUCAUGGUGGGCAACGCCAAGGCAACCAAGUCAUACCUCAAAACUCUCCUCAAAACUCUCGCUCACAUUUUGUUGCAGGACAAAGGUGUCCCUUUUGUGAGCACCCUGAUCACAAAAUUUAUACUUGUUUUAAAUUUAAAGAUCUUAGUUUAAAACAGAAACAGGAUUUUGUUAUUCAUAAUAAUCUAUGUUUUAAUUGUCUCGGUUCAAGGCAUCAAGUAAAAAACUGUACAUCUCAGAGGUGCCAGAUUUGUCAUAUGAAACACCAUUCUCUUUUGCAUCCAAUGGAUGAUGCAGCACAGCCCUUGCAAAGCAGAAAUUCAGAUUGGAGGCCAAAUCCUCAAACCCAAAAUGAACGAUCUCAAAAUUUUAACAGAAAUUCGCUUCUCAUAAAUAGCUCCCAUUCUCGGAAUCAAGGUUCAAGCCAAAGCUCCUCUCAGACUCAAGAACCACAAAUCCCAAGCACAAGCAAUGAAAUUAACUCGAAUCGCCCUCACGCUAAUAAACCUGUGACUUUGUCAGUUUUCGCCACUGAAGAUAAUGAAGUCACAUCUCAUCCCGGGAGUACUAUAUCAAUAGUAACCCAAUCGCUGGUUCAAAGACUUGAUCUCUCUCCUAAGACGCAGCCAAUACAAAUCUCUGGUAUUGGCGGCAAAAUUAAGCACUCUAAUCACGCAAUUUCCCUGAGAAUUCAUUCCUGUCACAAUCACGAUUACUUCCUGAAUGUUAACUGCUGUGUAUUAGACAAAAUCACAGAAAAAUCCCCUCACUUUAAAGUCAACAAAUUUAUGUUGAACCUUCCCAAUAAUACACCGCUUGCAGACCCCUACUUUGAUACGCCUUCUACAAUAGAUUUAUUGUUGGGAGCAGAUGUAUACUACCACAUUCUUUCAGGCGAAUACACCAAGGUUAACAAGGACUCUUUAACGUUGGUAGGUACUUACUUUGGCCACAUUCUUUCAGGAUUAAUCCCCUUCCAAGCUCUCGUUCACAAAACCCCUUUGGCAAAUUCUAAGAAUUGCUUUUUAGUGCAAUCAUUAAAUUCAGAUUGCUCACUGGACUCAUUAAUUGAGAAAUUUUGGUUACUAGAAGAUGUCUCGCCCACUCACGAAAAACCCCUAUCCCCUGAAGAUUCUAUGGUUGAACAGAAUUUUCAAAAUACCACGGUAUUUAAAGAUGGUCAUUUUCAAGUCGACUUACCCCUUAAAAGGCCCCAAGAGUCACAUCCGCUAGGAGAGUCAUAUUCAUUAGCCAAGAAAAGGUUUCACCACUUAGAAAAGCGUUUUCAAAAAUCUCCUGACCUUUUUCUUGAAUACAAAAAAUUUAUCGGUGAAUAUAUCUCACUCAAUCAUGCACGAAUUAUUCCCCUUUCCCUUAAAACUGAAAAUCACAAAAAUCGAUACUUUCUGCCUCACCACUGUGUAAUUCGUGAGGACAGUACAAGCACUAAACUUCGUGUAGUGUUUGACGGAUCUAUGAAAACGUCUUCUGGGCUAUCACUCAAUGACGUAAUGCAUAAAGGAUAUACAGUUCAACCUGAACUGUUUGAUAUUUUACUUAGGUUUCGAAGUUUUAAAUUCGCUCUCACUUCUGAUAUCGAAAAAAUGUAUAGACAGGUGCGCGUUAACCCAAAUCAAACUUACCUGCAAAAUAUUUUAUGGCGCGACCAUCCCUCUCAGCCAAUGCAAUGCAUUGAAUUACUCACCGUCACUUAUGGCACGAACUGUGCCCCCUAUUUGGCUACACGCACCCUGAAUGAACUUGCCAUUAUUCAUAAAGACGAUUAUCCACUUGCGUCUCAAGCUAUUUUAUCUCAAUGUUACGUAGACGAUGUUCUCUGUGGGCAAGAUACCUAUGAAAAUUUGGUAGAAUUACAUAGGCAGCUGUUGGAACUUUGCAAGAUUGGAAAUUUUCACUUACAUAAAUGGUGUUCAAAUAGCAAUUUAUUUUUGUCCAAAACUUGUGAUAAUGGGUCCCAAGAAAGUUUCACCAUAGAAACCGAGGAAAUUUCAAAUAAAGUCCUUGGUGUAGGCUGGAAUCCCGACUCAGAUGAGUUUUUUAUCUCUUUACCUGAUACUAGGUCCGAAAGCAUAAUUACUAAACGUAUAGUUUUAUCUAAAAUUGCGCAAAUGUACGACCCCUUAGGAUUCAUAGCUCCCAUUGUUGUAAAUGCUAAAUUAAUUAUGCAAAACAUUUGGAAAGAAAAAAUUAAUUGGGAUGAACCCCUGAAAGAACCCAUUUUAACCCAAUGGACCACCUUUAUUAAAGAUCUUCCCCAACUAAUGUGUUUAAAAAUUCCACGUUUUUUCCUAGCUAAUAAUAAUCCCAGUUCACUUCAAAUCCAUGGAUUUUCAGAUGCCAGCAGGAAGGCAUAUGGUGCGUGUGUGUAUAUAAGAGCCCUUUAUCCUAACAAAAAUGUCUCUUGUCAACUUAUUACUGCCAAAAGUAGAGUAGCCCCGAUAAGAGAAAUUACAAUUCCCCGCAUGGAACUCUGUGGAGCACUUUUACUUUCCAAUUUAGUCACUCAUGUGUGUUUCAUAUUAAAAGAAAGAUUUUCAAUUGACAACAUUAAUCUUUGGACUGACUCUGAGAUUGUACUUGCUUGGUUAAAUGCCCACCCUUCUCGUUUCAAUGUGUUUGUAGCAAACCGCAUUUCUCAAAUUCAGGUUUUAUCCCAAGACUGCAAAUGGCGUCAUAUUCCAACUGCGGAUAAUCCAGCUGAUCAUCUUUCUCGCGGAUUUACCGCAGACCAGAUUCUCACCUCUACGCUUUGGUGGAACGGCCCAAAGUUCUUACUGAACCCGAAUUUAAAUUUAAAAAUGUAUGAAAAGGGACCUUGCUCCACUGAAGAAGAAGCAAGAAAAGCAAAAACGGUCUUGCUUGUUAACUCCGAAGAUUUCUGGAUAACACUUUUUAAUCGGUUUUCUAACUUAUUGCGAUUGCAACGAACUAUUGCAUUUAUACAUAGAUUUGUAAAUAAUUGUAAAGGUAAUGGUAAAAAAUUUUAUGGUGCUUUAGCUGUAACUGAAUUAAAGGCUGCAGAAAUUUUUAUAGUAAAGCAAGUUCAACACCAAACGUUUUCAAAGGAAAUCAGUGAACUAAAGUCAGAAGAAAGAAAAAUUUCAAACAAGCAAGUCCUUAGGUUAAACCCCUUUAUCGAUACCUCCAAUCUCAUAAGGGUUGGAGGCAGAUUAUCCCAAGCACCCAUAUCAUUUGAUCAAAAAUUUCCAAUUUUAUUGCCCUCAAAAAACCAUGUUGUUGGACUCUUGCUGAAAAAAGAACACAUUAGGUUAGGACAUGCUGGAGAACAAAUUAUGGCAGAUCUCCCUAAAUCCAGAGUUGUCCCUUCUAGACCGUUUUUAACAACAGGUGUCGAUUUUGGAGGACCAUUUAUUAUUAAAUCGUCAUCUCUUCGACGCGCCAAAAUUGAAAAGGCGUAUAUCGCUUUAUUUGUAUGCAUGGUCACUAAAGCUGUUCAUUUGGAGCUAGUAUCAAGUCUCUCUUCACAAGCAUUUUUAGCAUGCUUUAAACGUUUUAUUUCAAGACGUGGAUGCCCGGCAACAAUUUUUAGUGACAAUGGUACAAAUUUCUCUGGUGCCAGCAAUCAAAUUAAAGAAGUUUAUGACACGCUUAAGUCACAACAGACACAAGAGCAAUUGACUGCAUUUUUCUCAUGCCAUGAAAUACAGUGGCAAUUUAUACCUCCUUUCUCUCCUCACUGGGGUGGUCUUUGGGAGGCAGCUAUAAAAAGUACUAAACAUCACUUACGAAGAUUAAUUGGAAACCAGAAUUUAGCCUUUGAAGAUUUUUCCACUAUUUUAGCACAAAUUGAGGCUAUUUUAAACUCCAGGCCACUUCUUCCCCUAUCAGCUGAUCCACUGGACUUAACUUGUCUUACCCCUGGACAUUUUUUAGUUGGAAGUCCUCUCGUUUCGUACCCUGAGCCCAAUGUCUCGUCAAUUCCUGAAAACCGCUUAGAUCGUUGGCAAAGGUUAAGUCAGAUUCAACAAUUCUUUUGGACUAGAUGGACCAAAGAGUAUCUCAACAAUCUUCAGAAUAGGCCUAAAUGGAUGUCCCCAGUCCCCAAUAUUGAAACAAAUGACCUUGUUCUUCUUAAAGAUGAGAACACCAAACCUCUUGAUUGGCCGUUGGCCAGAGUAGUAGACACUUUACCUAAUAAAGAUGUAUGUCGAAAGUAUUCGCGAGCUUAUUUACCGAGUCGAGUAGUAUUGUCAGUAGGAAGAAUUCGUGGGCGUCCCAGCUAUCCAGAAGAAAAACAGGUGGAUAUUAUAGCAGCUAUAGUAAGAGAUCCACAACAGUCUACUUUCACAGUUGGUGACACGUGUGAUGUAUCUUCUGCUACUGUAAAAAGGCUACUUAAAAAACAUAAAUUUUAUUCGUAUAAAAUUCAAAUGGUCCGUCAACUGACAGAAUAUGAUCCUGAUCGAUGUAUGGAAUUCUGUGAAGCAAUGACCGAGAGAAUAGGACACCAGCCUGCCUAUGUGAAGAACAUUUGUUUCAGUGAUAAAUGUAUUUUUUUAAUGGUACUGUUCAUAGACAAAAUGUCCGUUAUUGAAGCGACGGAAAUUAACAGACACACACACACCAUACCAUAA